AUGAAGACAGUCAUUCUCAUUUCGGCCUUCUUUGCUCUUUACAUGGCUUUCCCCACCUCAAAUAAUGGAAAUAGUCAAAAUCAAGGAUUUGGACAGAGCAAUGGACAAUUUGACGGGCAAAACGGGCAAAAUGGAGGACAAGGUGGAUCACAGGGACAAGGCGGGCAACAAAAUGGGCAACAAAAUGGGCAACAAAAUGGACAAAAUGGACAAAAUGGAGGACAAAACGGCGGUUUCCAGGGAGGCUUCAGCGGACAAGGGUUUGGUGGACAAAAUGGGCAGAAUGGGCAGAAUGGGCAGAAUGGGCAGAAUGGACAGAAUGGAGGACAGAACGGAUUCAAAGGUGGAUUGAACGGACAAGGACAAGGAGGAUUCUCUAACCAAAAUGGAAAAAAUGAACAGAACGGAUUCCAGGGUGCAUUGAAUGGACAAGGAGGACAGAAUGGACAGAAUGAACAAAAUGGACAGAAUGGACAAAAUGGAUUCCAAGGUGGAUUGAAUGGACGAGGACAGGGUGGACUUUCAAACGGACAAAAUGGUCAAAAUGGCCAAAACGGUCAGAACUUUGGCAACAAUCAAGGGCAAUUUGGUGGACAAGGCUUCCAAGGAGUGCUUGGAUCACAUUUGAAUUUGUUUUACGAUGAAGACGAUCCUCCUCGCUUCAGCACUUUUGGUGUUUUCUUAGCGUUCCCAUUUGGUAACAACAACUACCCGAACCAAGGAACUGGACCAAACGGCGUCUCUGGGCAAAGCAGCGUUCAAAUUGGAGCACAAGGUGGACCAGGCGGCUUCGGUGGACCCAAUGGAUCAAACGGACAGAACGUGCCAAAUGGUCCAAAUGGCCAAAACGGACAAAAUGGACAGACUGGACCAAAUGGUGGACAAGGAGGACAAAACGGACAGACUGGACCAAAUGGACAAAACGGAGGCCAAGGUGGGCCAGGCGGUUUCGGUGGGCAAAACGGGCCAAAUGGACAGAAUGGACCAAAUGGAGGACAAGGAGUAUCCGGUGGACCAAACGGACAGAACCAACCACAGCCCAAUGGAAACGGACAAAAUGGAGGAUUCCAAGGAGGAUUCGGUGGACCAAACGGCCAGAACCAACCUCAACCAAAUGGAAACGGACAAAAUGGAGGAUUCCAAGGAGGAUUCCAAGGUGGUCGAGGCGGUUUCGGUGGGCAAAAUGGUGGACAAAAUGGAGGAUUUCAAGGAGGUAUGAAUGGCCAGGGACAAGGUGGCUUCGGCGGACCAAACGGACAGGGACAAAUGGGCGGACAAGGUGGAUUCGGCGGGCCGAAUGGACAAAAUCAACAAAAUCAACAAAACGGCGGAGGAUUCCAAGGCGGAAACCAAGGACGUGGAGGCUUUGGACAGCAAAACGGCCAAAAUGGAGGAUUCCAAGGAAUGAACGGUCAAGGUGGAUUCGGUGGAUUCGGACAACAAGGUCAACAAGGACAGGGAGGACGAGGAGAACAAAAUGGAGGAUUCGGACAAGGACAAGGAGGAUUCCAAUGCGGUCAAAACGGACAAAACGGCUUCCAAGGAUUCCAAGGCUUUGGCGGACAACAACAAGGACAAAAUGGACAAAAUGGACCAAAUGGACAAGGUGGAUUCCAAGGAGGAUUCCAAGGAUUCGGUGGAACAAGUGGGCAAAGCGGUUUUCCAGGUGGCCAAAGCGGAUUCGGUAACAACAACGGACCAAGCGGACAACAAAAUUUCGGCGGAAACCAAGGAGGAUUUGGUGGACGAGGCUCUCAAGGCUUCAACAGCUUCCCAUUCUUCGGCCGACAA